CACAUUGGAAAAGUGAAAAAAAGUAAACAUAACUGAUAAAUAAUCUUGAAAAAUGUCCAAAAUAGACAAGAAGUUUUCAAAAGAAGGUUUAGAUAGACGCAAGCCUUAUGACAAGUCACGACAGUAUAAAAAACACACUGGAAAUAAAUCAGAAGGACAAGGUUUUGCUGAUUUAAGAAAACAGAAAGUGAAACGUGGUUAUUAUAAAUUUAUUAAAAAACAAGAAAAGAAAGCCCAACAGGCUAAAGAAGAAGUAAAAGAUGGAAAUUCCAGUGAACCAGAUACAAAUGAUGAAGAACAGUCUUCGAAAGAAAUCUCACAAAACUCUUUUAAGGAAAAACAAAAUAGAUUUUCAAAAGCUAAGGAAGAAUUUGAAAAACAGAAAGCUGAAGAGUUAAGGCAGAAAGAGGAAGCCAUAAAAGAAAAAGAAGCUCGUGAUGAAGCCAUUAGGAUUUAUAAUGAGAAGAAAGCCGAGAAACACAAUAAGUUUAAAAUUAGAACAAGUAAAGGACAACCUAUUAUGAAAUAUAGAAUGCAGGACUUAUUACAACAAAUUCAAACCAUGAAAUCUAAAAAUAAAUUAUGAUGACUGUAAUUGAUGUGUUAUUGUGUCGAGGAAAUAUGCAGAAAAUCUUAAAUCUAUCAACUCUGACCAUUGAGAUAUCAAUGAGAAAUUGUGGAUGGAUGUAAGCUCAAAUUUGGCUCUAAUUGAAUUGAGGUUUAUUUUAAAAAAAGGGUUUUAAAUAUUACUGGAUGACUGUGUUAGGGU